GUCAAUUCUUCAACGAAUCCCCAUAGAUCAGCGAAGAUCAUUCUCCAUUUCUCUAGAUGGAAGCGGAACCCAUACCAAACGGAACCGCCGCGGCAACAACCACCGCAACCGUCACUACCACGGCCUCAGCCCCCGCCAACACUGUACCUGCCUCCAAACUAAGCCAACUGACGGAAUCGCUAAAGUUAGAGCACCAGCUGGUUCGCGUCCCCUUCGAGCACUACAAGAAAACGAUCCGAGCUAAUCACCGUGCCGUCGAGAAGGAGGUGUCUGCUGUAAUUUCCGGCGUUGCUGAUGUCGCCGACUCUGCUGACCUCUCUAAGGACGAUGCCGUUUCCCAUCUCAGUUCCCUUGUUUCCCGAUUGCAAGGCCUCAAACGCAAGCUGGAAGAGGGAAGCCGAACAGAGAACUUGCAAGCACAGAGGUGUCGAGCUAGGUUGGACCACUUAGAAUCAGUUGAUGCAGAUAACCUUUCAGAGUGGAAUAACAUUCGUGUGAAGCGCAUACUUGUGGACUACAUGUUGCGUAUGUCAUAUUAUAAUACUGCAGUGAAGCUGUCAGAAAGCAGCAACAUACAGGAUCUUGUUGACAUUGAUGUUUUCCAAGAAGCAAAGAAAGUAAUUGAUGCUCUUAGGAAUAAGGAGGUAGCUCCUGCCCUUGCCUGGUGUGCUGAGAACAAAUCUAGGUUGAAGAAGUCCAAGAGCAAAUUUGAGUUCCAGUUGAGACUUCAAGAGUUUAUAGAGUUAGUAAGAGCUGAAAACAAUUUGCAUGCUAUUUCAUAUGCUCGGAAACACCUUGCACCAUGGGGAGCAACUCAUAUGAAGGAAUUGCAGCGAGUCAUGGCUACAUUGGCAUUUAAAAGUAACACUGAAUGUACAAAGUACAAGGUUUUAUUUGAGCCCAAGCAGUGGGACUUCCUGGUGGAUCAAUUUAAACAGGAGUUCUGCAGGCUAUAUGGCAUGACCUUGGAGCCAUUGCUAAAUAUUUAUCUACAAGCAGGCUUGUCUGCUUUGAAAACUCCAUACUGUUAUGAAGCUGAUUGCACAAAGGAGGAUCCACUGUCACAGGAGAGCUUCCGAAAAUUGGCAUCACCUUUACCAUUCUCCAAGCAGCAUCACUCAAAACUUGUUUGCUAUAUAACUAAAGAGCUGAUGGAUACAGAGAACCCACCUCAAGUCUUACCUAAUGGCUAUGUCUACAGCCUAAAGGCUCUCGAGGAAAUGGCAAAAAAAAACAGUGGUAAAAUUACCUGUCCAAGAACAGGUGAAGUUUUUAAUUACUCAGAGGUAGUCAAGGCAUACAUAUCAUAAAUCUUCAUGCGCAGAGAGGGAAAAAAUUUCUUCGGGCUGAUGUUGCCAGAUAUCCUGCAUGAAUAGCAAAUUCCAUCCUCUCAAUAAAUGUUAAGGCAGAAUCAUGUAAGAACUCAGUGGUUAAUUUCUUUUAUAUUUGGUAGUAGCGUUUCAUGUACAUAUAUGCAAAAACAGUUCUGUGAUUUAUUGUUGAAACCUUACAAGUUGAAUGUUUAAUUUGGCAAGCAAGAAUAAACUGCUUGCCUUGUUAGGCAAUUGAAUAAAUUUGAUUUCCUCGU